AUGCCGUUGCACACUGCUUUAGGAAUAGGUCGCAAGCCUGGCAGCGCCGGUACAGAGGCAUCAUCCGUGCUGGCGCCUUGCCAUGUGCCGCGCUUCAUCAGCAAGCCCGCAGUGGCUGCAAGAGCAGCAGCAGGGUCCACAGCAACAGCAGCAUCAGCUGGGCGGCGCAUCCGUGGUGCGGGUUACUAUGAACGCUACCUGCGCAACAGGCGAAAGCGUGGCGGCGAAUUCUUAGACGAUGAUGGGGUUGGCAUAGAGGGCCCUGCAGCCCCACUUCCGCCUGGUGCCUGGCUGCCGCACCUCAGCGACGAGCCGCCGCCACCUGGUGUUUCGGCUGCAGCGCUUGCAUUUGGAAAUGCGGCGGGCGGCGCCGUGGCGGCACCUGGGCGGUGGCCGGCCCAUGCGGCGCUGCUCCGCGGCGUUGUGCGCGAAGCUGUUGCGGCAUACCGCCUGGCACCACCGCCCGAGGUGCAGCGGCCGCGCGAUGCAGUGGACAGGCUGCGUGACCGCGUACCUGAGGACCAGGCUUCAGGUCUGCUGGCUGGCCUGGCGCGUGCAGACGGCCUCAUCAUAGGGCCACCCAAUCUGCAGCAACAGCGGAACCCGGAUGUGCAGCUGCCGCGGCUGCUGCGUGUGGAGGAGGCGUGUGCACAUGGCGAGGCGGUCGAGGUGUACGCGUUCUGGGACGUGUCGAGCCUGCACCCACGCGCCCUGGACCCGCGGGUGGUGGUGCACCGAAUGCGGCGCGUCUUGGCAGCAGCUGGUGAGGUCCGGGGGCUCUACGCCUACUGCGCACGCAGGCAGCUGUCAUGGGUGCCCGAGGCCUUCAUGCGCCUGCAUGCUCCAGAGCGGCUGCAGGGCGGGCCGCGGGCGCGCGUGCCAUCGCAUCAGCAGCAGCAGCAGCUGCAGCAGCAGCAGCCGGCCGAGGCGGCGGCAGACUUGAAGAGCACAGCAGAUGACGGCGGCGGCAGCAGCGGCGGCGGGGAGGGCGCACUGGAGCCAGCCGUCAAGCUGCGCUGCCCUGUGUGCGGCCAGGGCAGCCGCAGUUACGACAUGCUGCGGCGCCACAUGGGGCAGGUACACAAGCAGCGCGCGCCGCCCCUGGCUGAGCUGGAGCGAGCCAUGUCAGCACAGCUGCAGGGACCAGCCCCAGCAAAGCCGCCUGGCGCUGCUCAGGACGUUGCUGCAGCUGAGGCCAUUGCGGCUAUGUGGCGCGGGGGCCUCACCAACACGGGCGGGCGCACCCUGGGCAAGGUAGCUGCCUACACGUCGUCGAGCGGGGCGCUGUUUACACCCCGCCCUGGGCUGCAGAUCAGCCUACGCUACGUGCUUGCUCGUGAGGGGGCCGAUGUGCGCAUUGUGCAGAAUCAACGGGAGGCCGUGGAUGAGUCACUGACCCAGGGCCUCGCAGUGCUGCUUGACCGACUUGAGCGCCGCCAUGGCAAUGAUGUUAGCACAUCCCACGUGGUGGUGGCGAUUGCUUCCGACUCACGUGCACAUGCGCCGCUGCUGCAGCGUGCACGUCAGCUGGGAUGCAGCAUACUCGCAAUUUGCAAUGCGCAGGCACACUGCCCCGAGGCGGAUGCAUUGCUGCGGUGGCGGGUGCUCUCAGCUGGGCGAUAUAUUGUGUAA